AAAGUGCGCGGGCAAAUUGCGACCUGUGUAUGCAGAUGAGGAGAAAAUGGCGUCCUCCGCUGGAAAGAAGCGGCCGAUGGUCCGCGUGUCUCGGACGGAUUCAUCCUCCAAUCUGACAGACAAGGACUCUAAAAAGCCGAAGAUGGACUCUGGAGAUCGCCAGGGUGAGUCUGCCUCCCUGUACAGUGAGGAGGAGGAGGCAGCCCAGCGAGACCCGGCCAAGGAUGUCAGCCUGUACAAGACAGCCUGCGACGGGAUCAGACAACUCCUGCAGGAGAUACAAGACAUCAGGGGCAGCGGAAGGAAGGAUGCUGCUGCUGAGAUAGCCGAGAGAAAAAUCCAGGCCAGCAUGCACUUCAUCACUCUCAAGAAACUCAACAGAUUGGCUCACAUGCGGUGUAAGAAGGCCCGGGACACGACCCACGAGCACAAGCAGAAGGUGGACAGCUACCACCUGCAGCUGCAGAACCUGCUGUACGAGGUGCUGCACCUGCAGAAGGAGAUCACCAAGUGUCUGGAGUUCAAAUCCAAGGAUGAAGAAAUAGAGCUUGUUGAUGAAGCAGAGUUCUACAAAGAGGCCCCAGAGGAUAUCUCUAAACCUGAUGUUACCCAGCAGGACCCCCACCAGCUGACCCUGGCGCGGCUGGACUGGGAGCUGGAGCAGAGGAAGCGGCUGGCGGCUAAGUGUAAGGACUACGAGGAUCAGAAGGAGGAGAUCUCACAGGAGAUCCAGACCCGCCGAGACCAGCUGGACAGUCUGCUGCCCAGACUCAACACUGUGCUGGAGUCUACCAAGCCCCUCCAGGAGGCGCUAAAGAUGCCAUUUGACGAGAUGCGACAGCAGCACAGGAUGGCCCAGUUCCUGCCCAGGCCUCUCUACGUGCUGUAUGUCCAGUCUUCAGCCUACCAACAAGCCUGCGAUCCUGCCCUGACAGUGACCAUUGAGGGAGACCUGGAUGCGGCCAAGUCCUCCGGACCGUCCACCUCAGCUGCCCUGGACGUGGACAGCGACUCGGACGAUGAGGAGGGGACCAAAGAGAAGUCCCGCCGUCGGCGUACCAUCAGUGUAGACCCCACAGACAGGAGGGGGAAAGUUCUGCACAAACAUCCACUACAAGUCAACAUCACCAUCAAAUGUAAAGAUGGGUCCAGCCUGGCCCUGACGUUCCACUACCUGCUGGCUCUGCAGGUGGUGACGGUCAUCGUCCAGCUCCAGCCGGCAGCCGAGGCUGUCACAGUCUCCAUCUCAGGAGGGGAUUUGCUGUCUCCGUCCUCCCUGCUCAGCUGUCUGUUCCCUGGUGACCAUGGCAACACCACGCCCAACCCUGCCAACCAGUUUCUACUGGAGAGGGCAAGUAUUGAAGACUUCAACGAGUGUGUGAAGGAGGUGGGCAAGCCUUACGUGUGGGCCCAGCAGCUAGCAGGGCUACAGUUCCUCAAUACUGAAGAGCCCCCGAAGCCUGACACACAUCUCAGUUCGACUCACAUGGAGAAGACCAUGAAGGCUCUGAAGGUUCGAGUACGGGCCAGGCUGGCUCUGGUGCAGCAACUAGCUUCACUAGAGAGAGGCUCAGUCCCAGUAAACAGGGAAUGUCAGCAUCUCUUCCCAACCAAGAUCACAUCAAGGCUGACAACAUGGAAGUCCAUCACCUAUGAUGACUACAUCGUCCUCCCUUACAGCCAGCCUGUUGUAGAUUCAGGAAUGGUCCAUGAAACUGACAACUUCUACCUUGCAGUGGUGCAGCGUGGUUCAGCCACCCUGACAGCAGCUGUCCUGUUGAGCCCCGGCUACCUGACCUGUCCUCCUGUCUUCAGCCUCAAUCUCAACAUGGGCACAGACCGAACAGCCAGCUGUGAUGAAAACAUCAGGGCCAUGGAGCAUGAGGUCAACGUCCAUUACAAAGAACUACUGGUGAAGGGGUCACAUGACCAACUGCUGACCAAUCAGCUGCAACGAUUGCUGAUGUGCCUGGAUGUGUACCUGGAGACUCAGAGUACCAGCAGUGCGACAGAGGGACCUUCGGAGUUCGGGCGAGAAAAGAUUUGUCCACGAGUAGUUAGGGGUCCCAGUCGAUGUAAACCGUUUGUCUUCAACAGCCAACACGGGUUCUUCACUCAACGUUGAGCAAUGCUCGCUCGAUCAACAGUAGUGACCAAAAAUUAUGCUUCUCCCAUUGACAAGCAAAUGAGCACUUAGUAAUUAGAACUUUCAAGACUUUGGGGAUAGUAUUACAUGUACUUCAUGGGAUCAUUUUCUAUGUGCUUAUAUUUUGAUCAUUGCUGAUUAUGUAAUUGAAGGGUUAGUGAAUUUUUUUAUUUUUCACAAAAAGUUUUGAAUAACUUGAAACAUUUCUGUAAGAAAAGGCAGUAUCAUGAUAAUAUGGGCAUUUCAGAUCAGAUCUUGUUCUUUGUUUGACCUGAAAACAAAAUAUAUGUCAGUGUCAACAGAAGUUGCAAUGGUUUGAUUUGUACAUCUACACACAUGUAUUACCAUAAGAUAGAUGUAACAUUUUCUGCUGUCUGGGGUAUUACACUCAUUAUUUCUCUAACUA